AGAGCGCUAUUGUACCGGACGUGCAAUACAACUACGCCACCGAGGCAGUCAUGCACCUGAUGUGGUGUAAUAAACCGCAGUAAGAACUGAUUGCUUCCAGGAGAACAAUCCCAGUUUUUCAUUUACUUAAAAUCCAUCUUGCGAAUAGAUAGCCUGCACCAAUAAAUGUUUACAUACUUGUCUUAAAUUCUAAUGUAAUUAUAAUGAUAUAGACUGUAUGCCUAAACAAUUCAAGGUGCACCAAGCUAAUGCGAUGCAAUCUCAAAAUUUAAGUAACAUGAAAUGCCUUGACAUAAGCAAUAAUUAUAUACAAUAUAAUAUGCACGAGUUGUUAAUGUAUAUUAUAUGAUGAAUGAUAUACGAAUAUACAUCGUGGAUACAUUAACAUAAAACCUUGUUGCUAAAUUUGAUGUAGGUACUAAGGCCUAAACACUAUCUCUAGUUCAGGAAGUCCGUGUCUGGCUUGUGGUAUAACGUAUAACUAUAACUAGUCAACUAAAACUCUCAAUCACAAUUUAUAAAUUGUAUAAAAAAACCUCUGCAUUAUUAUCUACUAAGACUAAAUAGUCCUCUACUGAGUUCUAACAAUAAUGCAGCCGACACUUGAGACAGUUUAUCAUUGUAGCAGUGUUAUUACAGUUUCGAAGUGUUUGAUACCAUCGCGUUUUGCAAAGAAUCACAGCCUUUUAAAAACUUUAGUUUGCGAAAUGCUGUAAUUACCUAUUUAUUACAAACAAAUUGUUUGAAUAGAUUAGGUAAGUAGAUAUUACUUAUUGAAAGAAUUUUAUAACUUUUGAUAGAUUUUAAUUUUGUUAGUAAAUUUAUGCAUCCAAUAACAACAUUGGAACAAAUCCACAAUUUCAAUCGGUCUCCAUAAAAUCUUAUGCAUCUAUACACCUACCUACCUACCUAUAAUCAAUAGUAACCUUGGGUAUGGAAUUUAUCCCAACAUAAUUGUUGACAAAUAAUAAACGGUAUAUUAUACUGACCGCAUCGACCUUCAUCUAUUAUGCAACGACAUUAUUUAAUUUAAAUUUUAUAUUACCAUAAUAAUAGUAAUUCUGCAGCAUUGAAUUCAAACUUCCAAUUAAAAAAAAUAUGUAUAUUGUGUUUAUUUCAUACCUACCAUUAAGUUCGUUUACUUAAAAUUCACUUCCUUUGUAUCAUACAACCUUUCUGUAGAAAUUUAUUUGCAGCAUAGGUAUAAGUAGAACUUGAUUAUUCCUUAAGUAAGUAAAUAAAAAAUGUUUUUGAAUCACAGAUUAAAUAAAGGGAUUCUUGAUUUUUGACUCAAUAAAAAGGUGUCCGACAAUUUCCUCGAUUUACCCGCAUCCGCUGCGGCAACUCACUAUUAAGUCUAAAAAUAGUCUGACUUAGCAUUGUUCCCAAGAAACUCCUGUAGUACCUUUAUUAGAUAGGACUUCGGAGUUAGGAGUUAGGAGAACGAAUCCGCAGUAUCUAAUAGGUAUCUAAAUGCAUAAGCUGCUAAUGGAUUCUGAUGAAAUUUAUACCACAUAUCAUCCCACCCAACUGUUUGAUAAAUUUCGUUGAAUUGGUCUCCACUGAAACCUGGAUUGGUACAUAGGUAUUCUAUCCCGUAAAAAUACAGCAGGCAAGUGGAAUACUUAGUUUUACACUAAAUGGUAAAGUCCUAUCUAAAGUUAGUGAAGAGAAAUAUCUGGGUUUGGUUCUUGACAGUCGGCUUUCCUGGAAGCCCCAUAUUGACAAUAUAUGCAUUAAGAUUUCAUCUCUCACUGGUGCCCUACGAUCUGUCGCACAAUCCCUACCACGGCAUGUUAGAUUUAUUUUUAUAAUUCUUUAGUUAAACCACAUAUAGAUUACUUAAUUGAAAUCUGGGGAUCAGCAGCUAAAACAAUAUUACAAAAAAUACAAAUAGCACAAAAAAAAAUAUAAAGGCAUUAUUCCGAUAUACCUACCUAACUCCUACUGUCCAAAUUUACAAAGAUACGCAAUUAAUGAAUAUAACUCAAUCAUAUAAAUAUAACACUAGUUUCCUUAUCAGAAAGAUAUUAACGAAAGACAUUCACUCAGAAAUAGACUUUAUUAAAAAUACAGACCUACACAGACGUACUACAAGACAGGGAAAUAACAACCAUUUAACUUAUCCAAGAACAAAUUACGGAAAAUACAGCAUUUUAUUUGAGGGAGCACAGGUGUACAAUAAAUUGCCAAAGAACAUAAAAGAUACCAAAUCUAUAUGCACUUUUAAAAAACUAUUGAAAAGCCACAUCUUGAAGGAUUUUUCGUUAAUAAAACACUGAAAUUAGUAAACAAAUAACACUCAGACGUUGCCUUUGAACCUUAGACACCUUAGAAUACCAUAGCGUAGCUAAACUGGUUUAAAUAUUUCAUUUCAAUUUUUAUAUUUUCUCUACAAGCGAUUUUUUUAAUCUUUUGAGGAAAUAAAUGUCUAUAAACAAAAAAAUAUUAACAUUUUGUACAAAAUCUGUGGUUGUAUCUGAAUAUAAAAUGAUAAAAAUAUAUAGAGUAAAUAAAAAGUAUUUUUAUAGCUAUUAUCUUUAGUAUACUUGUUCUUAUUGCCAGAUCUAGAAAUGUAAUCCGCUACGCAUUAACCAAAAAAUAUGAUUAAAAAGGCCCAAUAACGAGCCAAUUCGAACGGCAUUAGUUAUCUGAUAAAAUCCCUUUUUGUACUUUCAUCCCCUAUAAAAAGCAUUCGUGUGCGUAAUCGCAUUAGAGCGCCGUGAGUCAAUGUUUGGAUGUGUGCGUGGAAGUGCGAGCAUGUAUUUAUCCAAGAGACAAGAAUAGAAAAAUAAAUAGUUUAAUUUUUAAUUGUAUUUUGAGAUUAGUUUAUACCUACGGGCAUAGUCAAAUUUCAUUAGGGAUCUUCCGUCUCACGGGUAUUAUCGGAUUUUCGAAUACUGUUUAAAGCACGAUGUUUAAACCAUAUUGAACUGUGUACUAUAGUUACUAGUUUUAUACUCGCUUAUUUACUAAAAUAAAAUUCCUACUCCAAUAUUUCAAAUCACGUCAGUAUUGAAAGUCACCUAAAGCGACUAUAAUUUUAUAUGGAUCGACAAAUAAUCUAUAAAAUAUAUGAACAUAACAGAGAGCGUCCCCAAAAACGAGAAGGAGGCAGUUGUCCCUAUUUACUUAAAAAGCAAUCUCCUAUAUCUAAUUAUAAUUCGAGCAUAAUUCAUGCACGAUAUGGCGUAAUAUUGAAAACGAAUUUAUAUUUCUUAUAUCUACACUUACAUUAUCUACAAUAUAAAUCUUUAGACACUAUUUGUUAAAGUGGUAGAUCCUCUCUAUAGCCAAAAAUAUUGUUCUAAGUACCUAUUAUAGACAAAUGCAUGCUCCUCAUACAUGCUAUAGAUUCUACAGCAUGGGUCGGCUUGACCAGGGUCGAUUUACUAGGAGGUGACAGUUGACUGUUUCAUAUUAGGUAUAUGACGAUGAGUGAUCAUUUCGUAAGCCGAAACAUUAAUGGAUAGGGCUUAUACAGUGAAUGUUUUGCGCGGUGGAAAAUAGACAUCGAACUGUAGAUGAUCUACUUGCAUAUUCACAUUCACAAAUACAAAAUUCCAAUAAUUUAUUAAAUCAACAAAUUUUGCCUUUUUGCAUCUUAUGAACGCGCUAAGGGACAUUCUAUAAUCUAUCUUAAGCACCACACUGAAGCGGGUAAUAGAUGUUCGAGUAAGUACACGUACAUACUUAUGUGUCGACGACCUUUUGGUCUAUGUGUCACCAUAAGUACGCGAGCUUAAAAAUCACCAAAGAAGUUCGUAGACGAUCAAACCGAUUGGAAAUUUUGCUCCUAGCUCGUCUAGGCUAGUGUCACAGCACUGCGAGCCGCGAGCCGCAAUUUUGAUAUAAUAAAUAAGUAAUCACAUAGCUUCUCUCAUACAUGUAUCGCCUUUACUUAUAUUAGGUGUAUCUAAUUUCAAGAGUUCUUCGUACAAUGGCUCAGACAUUCGUAAAUAAUUACGAAACUCUACUUCUUCUGACCUAAAUCUUUAAUUAAACUAAUAUGUGACUAUCGCUUUCUUUUGGUUAAAGAAUCCGUUACCAAGACUCUCCAAUUACAUCUUCAUUCUUGUUUUUCACAAACUGUACCUACAAGCAAGUCUGUCGUUUGUCGCCGACGUCGAGCCGAGUCAGUACACGUUCUUGAAAACCGCGAGUUUGAGGCUCGUAAGUCUAUCACCCACUUAAAAUAAAUUCUGCAAUGUAGACAUCCUAAAACAAACGCACGUGGGACAUGUGUUUAUGACGUAAUACGAAUUAGAGAGCUAAAGUGCAUGUAGAUAAGGACAGGUUACUUCUCCAGACUACAAGAUGGAUAAAGAUAGAAAAGCAGACAUUAUUAUAGUCCAGAGUAGAAUUGUCAAUAUUGAAUAUUGUCACAGGACUGGAAAGAGUUGUGCACAGUAAUGGAUAUAAUAAUAUACAUCUAGGUACAACUAAUUUUGUAACACUGACCAUCGAGCACUUAGCUUCAAUGGGUUAUCUCUACGUGCACAGGUAUGUAUUUUUUUGGAUAGUAAUUUUGUUAUAACUAGUUAAAUUUUUGCAACAAAAACCAGUUUUGGGAACGCUGAGUCAAACACACAUAAAUUAAAAUCAUUUUGCAACUUAUACAGGUUGGCCAGGCUCGGCAACUUGUUACGUACGAUAAUGCAAUAUAACUUUAUAGUUUAUGUCGAUAUCCUCUAUCAUUUUACUUUAUUUAUGAAGCAAUUACUAAAGCAAAAAUCAAGACGUGUUGACUGAUGUACGUAAUUCGAAAGCAAAAAUGUAUGAAGUAUGAACCACCCAGGUGCAGGGAAUGAUAAAGUAAUUAUUUCUCUGCUGCCGACAUUUGAACUACUACCCUAAGUUCCGAUAUAAUUACUUCAAUUUAUCAGAUCACGUUACCGUAACGAAAUGACUUUAAAAAAACUAUACACAUAACUUAAAUUUUCAAAACCGACACAAGUCUACGAACAUACUGAAAUUACCAUCAUAAAUUUGAGUAUUUAAUUUUGUGGUCACACAAUAAAGGUUUUUAAUAAAACUCAUUUAAUAAUUGAGAUAUCUUAAACAAUGAAUAGGAUUCUUAUAUUAUUCUGAGAAGUUUCGCAGCCUCAUGACGUCCCGAGAAUUUUGUCGAGGGUUGCUUUAUGUCCCGGGAUUUUGAGACAUCACAAAUUAGGCAUUAUAGUAAAACAUUUAUCGAAUCAUCGGCGAUCGCCGUGAUCGCAAUAAAUCUAUUUAUUCCAGAGAGUAUGAUCUAACUAAAUCACAUUUAGUAGUGUUAGUGUACUCAAUGCAUUGGCAUCUAUAUGUGAAUGACUCGGAGUCUCGAUUUUAACAUAAACAUAUAUAUUAACCGCCAAUGUCAAUAUGAAUUGCAAAUGUUGUAUGAAGUGUGACUCAGCAAAUUUAUCGUGCACCGUCUGCGUAAUCUGUAUUUUUAAUAUUUUACUUACAUACAUAAACUUUAAUUACAUUUUAUUACCAAAGAAAAAUAGAUACUUAACUUAUAGAAACGACUGGGAAACCUUAAUGGUCAAUGAAAAAUUUCCUUUGAUAACUAAUAUCUACCGAUAUGUUUUUAUUAUAUUAGGAUGCUUUAACAUUAUCGUAUCCAUUGUACAGUAUCAAUAAAACACCCAAAUCUAGUUUAAAGCUACCUAGUACCUACACCACCUACCUACAAUGUCGUUAUUGAAUUCACACUUGGCUUUACUGGUUUUUUGAUUGGAUGUCGACCAUUAUGGUGCCGUAACUGAUGAUCACAUCCUUGGCAUAUUAGGUGACGGUCAAUCUCAUUCUAAUUCAACUUGACGACAUCAUAAUGCCUAGAUAAUAUUUUGCACUCGUAGUUCGUACGUCAGCGUACAGCCACACAUUUCAUGUUUUUAUAUGCUACCUAUUUAUAUAAAAAGUUAUAUCUAUAACAAUUAUAAAAUAAUAUUGACUAUUAGAACUAUAAAGAUACAUAUUAAUCUACUGCCAAAAAGAUGACCCUUAACAUGAAUGAAAGCUUACAAUUUAAAGUAUAACAUGCGAUUUAUUAUCGGUUUUAUGUAGGUAACAAUAUUAUAAAACAAUAAAGAAUUGAAAUUGACAUACUGACAUAGCUAUGUAGUACAUAAAGUAGGUAAAGGGUAGGUAAAGUGAUGAAUUAAUAAUAAACAAACUUCUUAACUUUAACUAAAUUAUCUGAAUUACUGAGGUGUCGGGGAAGAUAUUCUUUGGUUUCAAAUUUCAACCAGGGACAACUUUUGAUAUUAAUUUAACGUAGGCUCAUAACUUUCUCUCUUAUAUUUUGCAGCAAACAAAUCUCUAAAGACUGGGUAAUCUGAUAUAAAAGUAAUCAACUGCAAGAGAAACAAAAACGAAUGAACUUAAAUAUUAUAUGAUUUGCAAUUUCAGGCUUAAACAAUAAGAACAAAAAUGCAAUGGGCAUUUUAUUUUUUCUUUAUCACAUUUGCACAGGCUAUAAACCCAAACAAAAUAUUGGAUUUUUGGACUAACAUUCUUCGUCCAAUUCCACGAGAUCCCAAAGAAGGUUUUAUACCAGAUUACACACCACGAGACCAGGAGCAGUUCGAUUUUAUAGUCGUUGGGGCCGGUUCUGCCGGGUGUGUAUUAGCGAAUAGAUUAACCGAAGUGUCAAAAUGGAAUGUCUUACUUAUAGAAGCGGGUGGAAAUGAAAACUUUAUGUCUGACAUUCCAAUUCUUGCCCCCUUGCUGUCUUUAACACCACUGAAUUGGGGUUACACCUCGGAGCCGGAACCUAGAGCUUGCAAAGAUUUAAGAGGACAUGUUUGCUUUUUGCCUCGCGGUAAAGUUUUAGGAGGGAGCAGCGUUCUUAACUUUUUAAUCUACCAACGAGGCCAUCCCGAAGACUACAAUGACUGGGCGCGAAUGGGUAAUGAAGGAUGGAGCUACAAAGAAGUAUUACCGUAUUUCAAAAAGUCUGAAAACAUUAGAAUAAAUGAUUUAAUGAACUCAUCAUAUCAUGGCACAGGCGGUUACAUGGACAUAGAACAUGCACCAUUUCAUUCUCCCUUAGAGAAUAUAUUUAAAAAAGCUGGUCUCGAGCUGGGCUACGAAUGGAACGACCCAAAUGGAGAAAAUGUUAUUGGUUUCUCAAAACCACAAGCUACUAUGAGAAACGGAAGAAGAUGCAGCACUUCAAAGGCAUUUUUAGAACCGGUUCGUUUUCGAAGAAACUUGAAAGUCACCAAAUAUAGUACCGUUACGAAAAUUCUAAUAGAUUCCCAGAAUAAGAAGGUUUUAGGCGUCGAGUUUUUAAAAAAUAAUAAAAGAGUACUAGUUCGAGCUCGGCGGGAGGUGAUAAUGGCAGCGGGAACCAUCGGGACCGCACAGAUACUGAUGUUAUCAGGGAUUGGUCCUACAGACCAUUUACAGGAAAUGGACAUUGAACCAAUUGUUGACUUACCCGUAGGAUAUAACCUUCAAGACCACGUAACUUUUUCGGGGAAUGCUUUUCUAGUCAAUGAAUCUGGUCUGUGUCUGAACGAUAUUAGAGUCGGGUCACCAGAAUCAGCGAAAGCGUAUUUUUCAGGGAAAGGACCUUUGACACUCCCUGGCGGAGCAGCCGGCCUGGCUUUCGUUCGUACAAAGAUAACCGAAGACCCUGACGAGAGUAGGCCCGACAUGGAGAUAGUGAUGGGGGCUGGCUCCCUAGCUGGAGACAUGCUUGGUAUUUUGAGAUCUCUUCUAGGUAUAACCGAUAAAUGGUAUUGGCAAGUCUAUGGCUCACUGUCAUCAAAAGCAAAACAAAAUACUUUUGCCAUGAACCCGGUUCUAAUUAGACCGCGGAGCGUCGGUCGCUUGAUGUUACGGUCUGGCCAUUUCGCUGACCAUCCCAAGAUAUACCCCAACUAUUUCGACGACCUAAACGACUUACGGGCUAUGGUAGACGGCGUACGUUUGGUACAACAAAUUAUCAACACGAAGGCAUUUCAGAGUUAUGACACGCGGCUUCAUGACUCUCCUUUUCCUGGUUGUGAAGAUCUGGUUUUCGAUUCAGACGAGUACUGGAAAUGUGCUAUUAUGCAAACAUCAAUAACGUUGGAUCAUCAAGUAGGUACAUGCAAAAUGGCUUCGCCGGGCGAUCCGACAGGCGUAGUGUCUCCAAGGCUACUUGUGUACGGUGUUACCGGACUAAGAAUAGCUGACGCGUCUAUAAUUCCACGAAUCCCAGCUUCCCACACCCACGCUCCCGUCGUCAUGAUCGCUGAAAAGGCCGCAGAUCUGAUCAAAGAAGACUGGGGCACAGAUAUAAUCGAAAAAGGCUGGGGCACAGAUAUAAUCAAAGAAGACUGGAGGAAUUUCUAAAUAUAUAUACUAGAACUAUCACAACAUAAAUAGUUAAAUAAACCAAAGAAUCUUUUUGCAUAAAAAAAUAUCUCAAAUAAAUAACGGAACUAGUCAUAAAAACCUAAACGUACCAAAACAUAAUUUCAUUGCACUGUAAAUAUUAAACAGUAAAUACAUAUUAAGGUUAUAGCUUAAGGUCCAUUUUUCAUACAUUUUGUUUCACCUUUAAUCUGGGUAACUAAACAAGUAUU